ACCUAUAACCUACCACAUUUCAAGUGUUAAUUAAUUGUUGCAGGUUCUUAAGCCACACACAUAAACUCCAUCGAUCAUCGAUCUUCCAAUUCAUAAUAUUCAUGGAUUGUUUGGUGAUGCCAGUUUCGUUGAUACGGCGGCGCUCCAUGGGCUCACGGCUGAGCUACAGGCCUCUUACCGACGAUGGGAUGUUGGAGGAAGAAUAUUCCGACAGCCGCGUGAUGGUGGUGGUCGGAAAAGAGAAGAGGGUGUUUCUGGUGGACCCUUUCAUCUUGCAAGAGAAUCCGUUUAGGCUUUUGAUGGAUAUCUCCAUGAGGAAGGUCCCUGCAGCGGAGAAGAAGAAGAAUCAUUUCCACCAUUUUACAACAAGCAAGAGGAAGAUCAUCUUUGUGGAUGUGGAUGACAUCUUGUUUGAGCACAUGUUGUGGCUCAUGAACAAUGAUGCUUCUUCUCUGUUCCAGCUUAAUUUGAAGGAGAUUAUUGAUUUCUAUGCUCAGGAUAUGUAAUUAAUCAUCUCAAUUAUAUUAGAGGUAUACUCUGUUUCACAAAUUUCAGUUCUUUUUGUAAGACACGAAAUUAGGAACACCUAGCUACUUGUAUUGUGUGUCUAAUAAUUAACACUUACCAUUACAAAUUAAACAUAUUAUUAUACUCAUCAAUUGAUCUUA